AUGGAUGAGCUGUUCUACAGUCCGAGCAAGAAAUCGAGGCGCGAUGAGGAGGAGAAGGGGAGCGGGAAGAUCAGAGGAUCUGUGGUCCUGAUGAAGAAGAACCUGCUCCAGCUCAAUGACGUGGCGGCGUCGGUCGUCGAUCGGGUUGAUGAGAUACUGGGAAGGAAGGUGGCGCUGCAGCUCAUCACCACCACAGCCUCCGCCGAAGAUGGCUACAGAGGAAAACCCGGCAAGAAAGCAUACUUAGAAGACUGGGUCACAAAAGUCGCCUCUCUGGCAGCGGGACCCACCUCUUACAACGUCACGUUCGAGUGGACCGAGGACUCGGGCUUUCCCGGUGCGUUCACGAUAGCAAACUUUCACCAUAACGAAUUCUAUCUCAAGUCUCUCACCCUCAAGGAAGUCCCGGGUCAUGGCCGAGUCCAUUUCGUGUGCAAUUCAUGGGUCUACCCAGCUGAACACUACAUGAGGGACCGUAUCUUUUUCGCUAAUCAGGCAUAUCUUCCCAGUCAAACUCCGGCUUCUCUGCGUGCUUACAGAGAAGAAGAACUUGAGAAUUUGAGAGGCAAUGGGACCGGAAAGCGUGAGGAGUGGGAUCGAGUGUACGAUUAUGAUAUCUACAAUGAUUUGGGCGACCCGGAUAAAGGCCCGGAGCACGUCCGGCCGAUCCUCGGUGGUUCAGUCGAACAUCCGUAUCCACGCAGGGGAAGAACUGGACGGCCUCCAGCUUCAUCAGAUCCCGAGUGUGAGAGCAGAAUACCGCUGUAUCAGAGCUUGAGUAUCUACGUGCCAAGGGACGAGAGGUUCAGUGGUCUGAAAAUGUCGGAUUUCGUGGCGUAUGGGCUCAAGUCGAUAUUUCAGUUUCUUGCGCCUGAGUUCAUGGCGCUGUUUGACGAGACACCAACCGAGUUCGACUCGUUCGAGGAUGUGCUGAAGCUUUAUGAAAGUGGGGUCCAUGUGGCGGAUGGGUCUUUGAUGGAAAGGAUUAGGAAUAGUAUCCCGUUCGAGAUGAUAAAGGAGCUGCUCAGGUCGGAUGGGGAGAAAACGUUCAAAUUUCCGAUGCCACAGGUCAUUAAAGAGGAUAAAACUGCUUGGAGAACAGAUGAAGAAUUUGCUAGAGAAAUGCUGGCUGGAAUCAAUCCUGUUGUUAUCCGUCGACUUCAGGAGUUCCCUCCAGGAAGCAAGCUAGAUCCUGAGUUAUAUGGAAAGCAAUCUAGCACUAUCUCUGAAGAGCACAUUAUGAACAGUCUAGAAGGUCUGACCAUAAGCGAGGCGAUCCAGAACAAUAAACUGUUCAUAUUAGAUCAUCACGACAGUUUGAUGCCUUACCUGAGGAGAAUAAACACAACGGAAACAAAAACAUACGCAACACGGACGAUUCUCUUCCUGAAAAGAGAUGGAACACUGAAGCCACUAGCAAUCGAGCUAAGCUUGCCAAAUCCCGAAGGGGAUCAUCUUGGAGCAAUAAGCUCUGUACACACCCCAGCAGAAGAAGGACUCGAAGGCUCCGUUUGGCAGUUGGCCAAGGCUUACGUUUCAGUGAAUGACUCGGGCUACCAUCAGAUCAUGUCUCACUGGCUGCACACUCAUGCAGUGAUCGAGCCGUUCAUUAUUGCCACAAACAGGCAGCUGAGUGUACUUCACCCGAUUCAUAAGCUUUUGCAGCCCCAUUUCAAGGAUACGAUGCAUAUCAAUGCACUCGGCCGGCAAACCCUCAUAAAUGCCGGAGGAUUUCUUGAGAUUACUGUUUUUCCUGGAAAAUAUUCCAUGGAGAUGUCGAGUAGCAUUUACAAGAAAUGGGUUUUUCCUGAGCAGGCUCUCCCUGCAGAUCUUAUUAAGAGAGGAGUCGCGGUUGAGGACCCCAGCUCGCCCCACGGUGUUCGCCUGCUAAUCGAGGACUACCCGUUCGCUGUGGACGGGCUCGAAAUCUGGUCCGCCAUCAAAUCAUGGGUUGAGGACUACUGCAGCCUCUACUACACAACCAAUGAGACAAUCAAGACAGACAUCGAGCUCCAAUCAUGGUGGGCCGAAAUACGAGAAAAAGGACACGCAGACAAGAAAAACGAGCCAUGGUGGCCCGCAAUGCAGACCCGCGAAGACCUAGUCAACUCCUGCACCAUCAUCAUAUGGAUAGCAUCUGCCCUCCACGCAGCAGUCAACUUCGGUCAGUACCCAUACGGCGGCUACCUCCCGAACCGCCCGUCCACGAGCCGGCGGCUCAUACCCAAAACCGGGACUCCUGAGCAUGAGGAGCUCGUGGCGAAACCCGAGCUGGCCUACCUGAAGACAAUCACAUCCCAGCUGCAGAGCGUGCUCGGGAUAUCGCUCGUGGAGAUACUGUCGAGGCACGCGGCUGAUGAGGUUUUUCUCGGGCAGCGUGACACGACAGAGUGGACAGUGGACAAACGGGCGAUUGAGGCAUUCGAGAGGUUCGGGAGGAGGCUUGGCGAUAUAGAGAGUAGGAUUGUGGAGAUGAAUGGGGAAGGGAAGUGGAGGAAUAGAUACGGGCCAGUGAAGAUGCCUUACACAUUGUUGUAUCCGAGCAGUGAGAUCGGGCUCACUGGUCGGGGGAUUCCAAACAGCAUCUCCAUAUAG